CGUUAGUUUCUCAGCCUCGGCUGCUCUGCGUUUACAGACGGUACGAUCCACACAGGAACAGGAAGUGUCUUCACUCAGACCAGCAGCUCUGAGGUGGUGAACAUGUGGAGGAGAGCCCUUUGUCUCCCAGACUGAACCAUUCCUGUCUGACUUUGUUUAAAGGUUUCAGGUGGUUCAGUCCAAACUGAACGUUUAAACUUAAAAAAGCAGCAGAGAUGGGCCCGGAGAGGAAGCUGGACGUCCCGGUCUACGAUCUCUCUCUGAUCAGAGGGAUGUGGGAGGUCCGAGUGAAGAAGCACAGAGAGAGGCAGACGAAGGAGAAGGAGAGGAUCGAGCAGAGCGCCCUCGCCAGGAUCGACCAGGAGUGGCAGUAUCGCAUCUACUGCAAGACCCUGAAGACCUCCGAGCUCAACCUGCUGCAUCAUUACCUGGAGAGGUCGACGCUGACAGACAUUCAGCCGUGCACGGAGUCAGACCAGCAGCAGUGUCAGGACAUCCAGCAGGAUCCCGAUGAGGUCAAACUGAGCUUCCAGCUGGAGGGCGAACGCUGGAUGGAUUUUCCCCGGGAGCUGCAGUGGAUGACCUACCUGAAGGAAUGGCACGUGAGGAGAACGAGGAUCUGCCGACUCCCUGACUACCUGGCUCUGUUUACCCAGCUCACCGUUCUGGACAUCCCCAAAAACGCCAUCACUGAGCUGCCACCCGAGAUUGGUAAACUGACGGUGCUGAGGGAGCUGUACGUCAGCUACAACCGACUGUCCCGAGUUCCUCCGGAGCUCGGGAACUGUGAGAAACUGGAGAGACUCGAGCUCGCAGGAAACCACAACCUGUCCGAGCUGCCGUUUGAGCUGAGCAGCCUGAAGCAGCUGGUCCACCUGGACAUCGCGGAGAACAGGUUUGUCUCGAUCCCCAUCUGCGCUUUGAGGAUGACGAGCCUGCAGCUGCUGGACCUCAGCAACAACUGCAUGACUGACCUGCCGCAGGACAUGGACAGGCUGGAGCAGCUCGUCACCCUGUUCAUCCACAAGAACAACUUCACUUACCUCCCUCACUGUCUCGCCAACAUCACCACGCUGGCGAUGAUCGUCGUCAGUGGCGACGAGCUCACCUGCAUCCCAACUAAACUCUGCAACAACCCCGAAAUCAAGUUCAUUCGCCUCUACGACAACCCUGCAAGCAAAGAGAAGAAGAAGAAAAAGGAGGAGAAGAAGAAAGAGGGUGUGAGUAGGAGGUGGAGGGAGCAGAGGGAGGGAGAGCAGGUGAAGGAUAGCGGAGAGAAAGAGUUCAUUGAAGCGUACAUCAGCUCACUGCAGGACAGAGACUUCACACUCAUAAUAACCCGUCCUCAUGUGUUUUGGGGGGCUUUUGUCCCACGCCAGACACCGUCCCCUACGCCACCACCAAAGUCUCCAUUUCCUGCCUGCUUUGAGAAAGAGGAGGAGGAAGCCGAUGAAGGUUGAGAGGAUGAUGACUGAAGGAUGACAGCACUGAGGAAUUUUAAAAGAGGAUGCUAACAGAGGUUAACAUGGGAGGUGACGUGAAAAUGUGUUUUUAAUCUUUCAUACCAUCUCAAAAUUAUAAGAUAACAUAUUAAAGUUUAGUCCUUUAUUAAUAUUCUUUUUAAACUAAUUAUUGUUAAAUCGUUGAAUCUGGGAAAAAUAAAAUCAGGAGGUUCACGUAAACACUGAAUGCAUUAAUCUCAGGUAAUUAUAAUUUAUUUCAAAUUUCAUUAUUAAAAUUAAUAAUUAAGUAUUGCUUGUAGGACGUUAUUCAGAGUAUAUUUAUUGGGUAUGAUACAACAAACCAAAUACAUAAGAAGUCAUGCUCACAUAAAAGUUACAGGAAAAAAAUAAAGUUUAUCUUUAAUAAUUGAAUCUCUUAGGAAGUUCAAGUGUUUGAUAUUAAUUCAUAUUUCUGAUGCUGGUUGCUUUUUUUUGUCAGACUUCAAACAUUAAAACAUGUAAAAUGAAAAAAAAAAUCAUAUCUAACAAAAAUCGAGACGCUACAGUCGAAACGUGUUUUUGGACGCGAGUCAACUUUCAUAUAUUUACAUUAAAUAUUGAUGAAGAUAAAAUCAAUUCCAAUCCCUGUUAAUCGAUCGCUGAACUGUUUUAUGAAUCUUUUUUCUUUUAGUUUUGAAUAUGUCGAUUGUCUAAAUCUCUUCAUUUCAAAAUCAAAUUCACAUUUGAAAUCAACAGAAACAGACAGAAGCUGAUUUCUUUGUGAUCCUGCAGAUUUGAUUUUUAUUCACUUUUACAUUUCUCACAUUUAUCAGCUGAUUUUUCUUUUUUCUCUGUGUAAAUGUAGUUUUUUGUUCAAAGUGUGAAAGUUGUGACCAAAUAGAUUUUCUGUUUAUCAGGUUUGAUUUCUAUGAUUUCUUGGAUGGAUUUAGUGUAUUUUUCUGUGGUUGUCAUAGUUACAAACUUAGAAGCUUUGAUUUGUGCAUUAAAAUAUAGAAAAGUUUUUGCUGUUCAAACAAAGUUUUUUUCUUUUUAAGUUUCUGUAAAAUGGAGAAAAACGUAUUUUAAUAUUUGUGAUUUUUACUGAAGCAGCUUCGAUUCAGACAUUUGUGAUUUUAUUUUUAUUUAUUUAAUGUUUGUAAAAACACAUUUUUCAAUGAUGGCCACAUUUUUGACAAACUUUCUAAUUUAAAUAAACUGAAGUUUAAUUUGGU